AUAUAUAUAUAUAAUGCAUGUUAUCAUCAUUUCUAUAUAUCAAGGUAUAUGACCGUCAUGUGGCACGUGACGUAGGCAUGCAAUAUGCACUAGCUAGUUCCGGCUAGCUUCCCAUUGAAUUCCUUGCAUUAAUUGGAUCAUUUCCCGCCCGCUACCUAAUACCAGCACAGCUCGAUCAUCUCGUCACCGCGAUGCAUGCUUCUCCUCCUGCCAUUCCAUGCCCAACUACACACGCACACACAUCUAUAUCUAUACCUAUAUAUAUAUCCCCCCAGCCCUCAUCCCUUAAUUAUAAGUAGCUGCUUCUGAGGGCUAAGGAUCGAUCGAUCGAAACGAGUUAAUUAAUUAAGGAGAAGGAUAGGACAGGAUAGGAUGGAGAUCGAAAUCCAAAUACUCGGCAAGGAGAGAGUCAAGCCUCUCCUCUCCUCUUCAACCCCAAAGCCACCGCACCAGUACCAGCUUUCAUUCCUCGACCAAAUCGCCCCUCCCGUUCUCAUGCCCUUGGUUUACUUUUACCCCCCGACCCCUACCGCCGUCCCCGAUGGACAAAAAUCUGCUGACAAGUUCGAUCGCCUCAAGAAGUCGUUAUCGGAAGCGCUGUCCAUAUUCUACCCCCUGGCGGGCCGCCUGGUGGAUGACAAGUACGUCGACUGCACCGACGACCAAGGCGUGCCCUUUGUGGAGGCCCAAGCCAACUGUGAUCUCUCGCACUUGGUGACCAAUCUCAUUCCGGCGAACAUGAACAAGCUUCUCCCCUACGCAUUGGACGACGUCCAAAACCUUGGCAUGGCGAUGGCGGCUCAGGUUACCAAUCUCCAGUGCGGCGGGAUGGCGGUUGCAGUGAUGGUAUCUCACAAGAUUGCCGACGCAGUGUCCUUCCUCCGGUUCGCCAACACCUGGGCGGCCCUGUCGUCGCGCAGCAAAGGCCAAGGCCGGUCGCUGCCGUGCGACGACGUGGCGAAUAUGCCCCGCCCCAAGUUCCAGGCGGCCGAGCUCUUCCCCCCUCGGGACGUUGCGGGGUUCAACGCGGGCGUGGGGAUCGUCAGAGGAGAAGACCAGCAGCUCGUGGCCAAGGUCUUCACAUUCCCGCGCGACAGAAUCUCUGCUCUCCGUGAUCGCUACUCCUCGUCCGGUUCUUCGGGCGGGGGGGUCCCGACUCGGGUGGAGGCGCUCUCAGCUCUUAUCUGGACCCGGUUCGUGUCCGCCACGGGGAUGAAGCACGACCCCACAAAGAUAUACACGGUGGUCUACGCGGUGAACCUGCGCAACAGGACUGAGCCGCCGCUGUCGGAGGACCACUUCGGGAACAUCAGCCGGAUCGCCAUGGCGAUGCCCAGGGUGGAGGAUGGCGGGGCGGAGCUCCUGAAGAAAGUCGGGGAGGCGAUACGCGGGGUGAAUGGGGACUACGUGGCGAUGCUCCAGGAAGGGGAGAGGCAUCUGGAUUUGAUGAAGGAGAGGAUGACGCAGGCGUACAGCGGUGAGCUUGUGGCCUUCAGCUUCACGAGCUUGUGCAGGUUCCCCCUCUACGAUGCGGAUUUCGGGUGGGGCAAGCCGGUGCGGGUGGCGUCGGCGCCCUGGAUCUACAGGAACCUGGUGGUCUUCAUGGACACGCCCGCCGGUGACGGAGGGGUGGAAGCCUGGAUCAAUUUGACCAAGGAGGACAUGGACAAGUUCGAAGCCGAUUCAGAGCUGCGGGACUUCAUUUCCUGCACCUAAUUAAAUUCAUCUUUAGAGAUAUAUAUAUAUAUAUAUAUUAAGUUCUAAUAAGGCGUGGGUGGCCUGCAGGGCCCUGGCUGGCUGGCUGGCUGGCUCGUGUAAGUAGUACUACCUCUUUGCGGGGCGUACCCAAUAAGUCACUCACCCAAUCGAACGAAUGAAUAAUUCUGCGUGUAUAUGCCUAUUGGCUAUUUUGCACAUAUAAUAAAACAAU